GCGGCACGGUUCUGGACCUGGACAGUUCAUAUAUCCGGCCGAAUAUUCGUUAGUUGCAUAGUUUCCGAUUCGACCGUGACUCGCACACUGCCGGCGUGACACGCACACGAAUUUGUCCAUUGGUUUUCUUUUGGUUUGUUAGUGCCGGUCCAGCAACAUGCAGGAAUACACGCAGGUCACAUCGCCCAAUUACUCCUAUGUCUUCAAUUUCGAAUCGGAUUUCAUUCACCAGAAGAGCCGCACGUGGAUGAAGGAUAACUGGACAUGGGGCUUCUAUUACUGUGGCAUCUACAUGAUAUUGAUAUUCGGCGGACAGCAUCUGAUGCAGAAUCGGCCCCGAUUCGAGCUUAGAGGCGUUCUCAGUUUGUGGAACACUAUGCUGGCCACUUUCAGCAUAGUCGGCGCUUCCAGGACGGUACCGGAAUUCCUGCACACGCUUACCCAACACGGCUUGUACCAUUCCGUUUGCGUGCCAUCCUUCAUCGAACAGGACAAAGUAUCCGGCUUCUGGACGUUCAUGUUCGUCCUCAGUAAACUGCCGGAAUUAGGUGACACCCUCUUCAUAGUGCUAAGAAAACAACCGCUGAUCUUCCUCCAUUGGUACCAUCACAUAACUGUGCUGCUUUAUUCCUGGUUCAGCUACACGGAAUACACGGCGAGUGCCCGAUGGUUUAUCGUGAUGAAUUAUUGUGUGCACUCAGUGAUGUAUUCUUAUUAUGCAUUGAGAGCCAUGGGUUAUCGUCCACCAAGACAACUCGCCAUGGUAAUCACAUCCCUCCAGCUCCUCCAAAUGGUCAUAGGCUGUGCUGUUAACUUUUGGGCGCACCAGUUGCUGCAGAGCGGCGCCGAGUGCCACAUAACCCCCUUUAAUAUUAAGCUGUCAAUUGCCAUGUACUUCAGUUACUUUGUGUUGUUUGCGAGAUUCUUCUACAAAUCUUACAUGUCUGGCGGUAAACGCACAAAGAGGGCGAACGCCUCAGAUUACACCAUGCUGAAGUCAAAAGUACAUUAGUGGGUACGAAUGUACCUAAUGUUUACUUUUUGUUAUUUGUGUCGAAAGGACAUUUUGUGUAAUUUUUUAAUUCAACGUUUUUCCUAAGAUUAUUUAUAUAUUUUUCAUACUUGACCAUGUUUGAAAUUUAAAUUAUAAGUUUUUAUAUGUGAUACUUGUAUAGGAUGUUAUCUCGGUGAUUGUCUACCUGUUGAGGUAUGUUGAAAUUUGCUUAUUUUUAUGAAUAUUUACAUUAUGGAAAUGAAAAAUCCAUAAAAAUUUUAUUCAUGUAAAUAAACUGUAUAAUAGAAAUCAAUUGAAGUGAAACAUGUCUUUUCGACUAAUUCAUAAGGUGAAGUGUUCUUUAACAAAUUACCUCGGUAACACUAAUUUGUUGUUUAGAAAAAUUAGAUCAUGAUUAAGUGCAUUUAGAAGUUUUUUACUUUUGAAUACUUUACCACCAAUGGUUUCAGGGUUACUUUCCAAGCGAUAUCACAAAAUAUAUUUAUGUACUACUUUUUGGUCAAUCGUACAUACUGUGAUUUAGUUAUAUUGAAUGAGUAAUUUUGACUAGAAAAUUUAUUUAUCUAAUUUAAAUAAUAAAAGCCAGUUUAUCAUUGUUUUGUGAUAUCAACACUGCAUUUCGCAAAGGGGGAUAGGUUUUUAUUAAAACUAGUCAUUAUUUUAUAUAUAAUAAAAUAGCUAAUAUUAAAUACAAUAUUUUUUUAUUGUCAAAACCUGUUUUUUGGUAAAUUGUUUUUUUAUCACAACAGUUAGUAUUAUAAAACUGUGAAUAAACAAUGUAAAAAUGCUUAUAAAAAUAAACUAGCUAAGCUGAAAAUAAAUUAUUUUCCACCUAAA